GUGAUGGAUGUAACAAAUUGGUAAGAUAUAUGGCCUUAGGAAGAAGUAUUGUCAUAUCAUACAUGGGAUUGACGAGUCUAUACAUCUCAUCUGCUUUGUGCUAACAAGUUCUAAUCAUACUAAUGCCAUGAAAUGGAAAAGUUCAGAGAUGAUUUUCUUUUUUAUUUUAAAAUGUUUCUGAUGUUUUUAGAUUCAAGCAGUCAUAUCUAUAUUAACUUUUAAUUUACUUGAAUUGUUUGUUGUUUCUCUUAGUGGUUGAAUUUUUGGUGACUAAUUGGUUUCCAAAUGAGGAAUCCAACUUGGUAAUAGUAUCUGAAACAAGUCAUCUAAGUACUAAUCUAAAUUUCUAUCGAAUUUAACAGAAUAAAUGAAGAGAGAAAAGACUAAUCAAUUACAGUUUGCUCUAAACCAGCAUAUAAGUAGGUUCCAAUUUCUUCAAGUUGUAAAUGGGAUGUGUGCAUUGGGAAGUUUUUAAGUUGCGAGACACAGAUUAUUCAACCAAGUGUAAUUUUUUUUAAAACUAUAUUCAAGAGAAUUUCUAUGUUUCAGAGAAUACAAGACUAAAUAUUUGUCGUACUUGUAAGUGCUUGUGCAUAAAAAAAAAGUUGGAACUUUUAUUAUGGUCACAAGCAUUGCUGUGUAAAUAGGGUGAUUUCAGAAUAUAUCAAUAUUGCAACCUUGUAAAGCGAGGUCUAAUAUCAAGACAACCAAAAAAGGGAAAAAAAAGAAGAAAAGAGAGCACUUCAAACACUAAAAAGCAACAUGUCAUGGGACCAGUUCCACUACAAAAAGGACAGUCAAACCAUUGAGCCCUUGCAAGGAGACCUAUAACUCUGUUGGGACUCGCACAACAAUGUCCCCAUUUAAGAAUUGCAGGACUGACUACCCAGUACACAUGGAAUAUCAAUCACCUAAUGAUACGACAUACCAAAAUAAAUAAAUAUAAUAAUAUAUAAUUAGUUGAUGACACCGAUUACAUGUCCUGUAGUUUAUGUUAUCUCUUCAAAACUGUAAAUCUAAAACCAAAACAUUUGCGCAAACAGAAUUUACCUUUCUCUAACUUCAAGAACAAAAGUCUUUAGCUUAACAAUGAAGCAGGGGUUAGUGGAUAACCAGUCCAUUUUAAAACCCAAAAAUUUCAGAAUAAAGUUGCAGAAACUGUGAAACAGAUUCUAAUUUCAUUCCAAGGCCUCUAAAAUCCAACACUUGGCCCCACAAAACUAUACAUUUUUGUAUUCUUUUCGUAGGUAACAUUGCACAGAGAACUGGUCUCUCUUCUUUCUCCUUAUACAUCACAAUCCUCGAAAGAACAACUUCACUGUGCUCUCUCUCUCUCAACACUAGCCUACAACACGUGAAGCCAUGAGAGCUGGUCAGUUGUUUCCUGCAGAAUAAAAAAGGAAAAGCCUACUUAGCAACCUCUCUCUCUCUCUCCAGUCUCCACAGCUUUCAACAUUCUCAAGACCACACACCCUUUGAUGCUGUCUCCAACUGUCUGACACACCUGCCACCUAGUGCUUAACGAGCCACAACACAACACAAAUUCUUUUUCCAGAAUAUUACCUCUUACCUUCCCUCAUCUAUGAUUGCUGCAUACAUUAUAACGUUACAUUAUGCAACCUUCUGUUCCAAUAAUAGUGGGAUAUGACAGUUUCAUUGUUAGAUCCUGUUCCUUUCACUUCAUUUCUAUAAUCUACACUAUAUCUCCUCUCUCUCUGCUUUUAAAAAUAUCAAACAAGCAAACAGAGAAGUACUUGCAGAGUUCACUCACCUGUGUCUCAACUUAAUUGCUUUUUUGAUACAUGUAUCGAAGUUUUGUUCCAAGUUUUUCAUGGGGAAGACUGGAGUGAGCUCAUGGUUGAGUCAAGUGAAGAAGGCUUUCAGAUCACCUACAAAAGGCCAUGAGAAAAAGAGCAGCAGAAGGAGAGAAGAACAUGAACAAGAAGAAGAAGAAAAGAAGAGGGAAAAGAGAAGGUGGAUUUUCCGGAAAUCGUCGUUACAGGAGACGACAAUACAACACAAUGCAGCAAGAGACAUAAGCGCCACUGCUAAUUCAGUGGCGAAUCCUAUCGCAGAGGCUGCCAGUACAGGGCAAAGGCGUGCCGUUGCAGUGGCAAUGGCGACCACCGCAGCUGCCGAGGCUGCAGUUGCAACGGCCCAAGCAGCCGUGGAGAUCAUUCGGCUCACCGGACAUUCCAUCUUUGUCCGACAACACUUUGCUGCCAUUGUUAUCCAAACUGCAUUCAGAGGUUAUCUGGCAAAGAGAGCGCUUCGAGCUCUCAAAGGGCUAGUAAAGCUACAAGCUUUAGUAAGGGGUCACAAUGUCCGAAAGCGAGCAAAGAUGACACUCCAAUGUAUGCAAGCACUGGUUCGAGUGCAAGCUCGAGUUUGCGAUCAAAGGAAGAGGCUUUCAUAUGAAGGAAGCAGCAUAGGUUCCAUGUCAAGUGAUCCCAACAGCUUAUGGGAAUCUCAUCUUGCAAAUAGGAUGUCCAUUUCCAGAGAUGGAAGAAUUGUUGCAGAGGACUGGAAUGGUUACCCACAUACUACGGAGGAGUUCCAAGCCAUGGUACCUAAAACAAAGGAAGCUGCUUUAAAACGCGAGAAGGCCCUUGCUCAUGCCUUCUCCCACCAGAUGUGGAGAUCUGGUAAGGACCAAUUUUUAGUCAAUGAAGAGAUACAAGAAAAAACCAGAAGCCUUGAUCAGUGGACAACAAGAAGGCAAUGGGAGAGGACAGGAAGAGCUUCUUGUGACGAAAGAGACCCCAUAAAAACUGUUGAAAUUGACGUCUCUCAACCCUAUUCUUACUCGGACAUUAAUUUUCAGAGGUCACAAAAUCAACAUCACCACUACCAACACCAAAAACCCAAUUCAAAUUCUGUUGCCUCUCCCCUCCACAGAGCACACAACAAUUUUUCUCACCACUCACCCAACACACCUAAGCUAUCUAAGAUCAGACCAAUCCAGGUACACUCGGCAAGCCCUCGUUGCCUAAGAGAGGAGAGGAACUAUCGCAUGGCUCAGACUCCAAACUUAGGCUCCACCUACUGCCAUGGAAUGGGUGCUGGCAGGGAUAAUGGGGCUGCUGCAGUACCAAGUUACAUGGCUGCAACUGCAUCGGCCAAGGCUCGUAUUCGGUCACAAAGUGCACCAAAACAGAGGCCUUUGACACCAGAGAGGGAAAAAAUGGGGUCAGCCAAGAAACGGCUUUCUUUUCCUGUUCCGGACCCAUACAACAGUGUUGGCAACAAUGGCGAAACUUUUGACCAUAACUUGAGGAGCCCAAGCUGUAAGGGCAUUCAAGGAGGGAAAUUUGGGAUGGAGCAAAGGUCCAAUAUGUCUUCUUGUUACACGGACAGCCUCGGAGAUGAGAUCUCUCCACCUUCAAGUAGUGAUCUAAGGAGGUGGUUGAGGUGAGCAAAUUCAACCAAAUGAAUUGGAAAGAAAUGGAGAGGAAUACAAGUGAUGGUGAGAAUGUUGAUGCAUAUGCUGUCGCACCUUUGAAAAUGUGAAGUCCAGAACUAGCAGUAGAAAUGUAGAUGUGUUCAAUUAUCAACGAAGUUUAUUGACCAGCUUUAAUGCAUUUAGAAGGAAUGUAAGUUUUAACACUGACCAGAAAUGUCUUAAAUUGAUCAGCAAAUGCAUGUAAAUUUCUACAGAAAUGGUGUGUUCACACACCAUUCGAUCCA